AGGAUUACAAUCACUCAUUAAAAAUUUCUCAGGUGAAUCAAGCACCCAAAAUGUACGAGAGUUUCUACGAAACAUCGACCUUGUAGCUCAAACGGGAAGUUGGGACGAUCAAGACAAAAAAUUGAUUUGUCGUUUGAAAUUGACGGGAGCGGCUGCAUCGUGUAUUGAAGCCCACCCAGAGCUUACACUCGAAUCAGCAACUUUUGAAGAUUUUAGGAAGCUACUUCUCCAAAGAUUUGAAAGAUCCAUCGACCCCGAACGCUGGCUGUUAUCACUGAGUACGGUACAGAAAAAUGUAGGAGAGAGCGCACGUGCAUUUGCUGAUAGAUGCCGAGAAAUGGGAUUGAAGGCGAUGCCAGCUCCUAGCAACCGACAAGAGGCUGAGUGGACGCGUGCCCAGCUGCAACGCACUCUCCUGGCUGCCUUCGUACGAGGAAUCCAGGGCCCAGCAGCGACCACUCUACAAGUAUUCCCACCCAAGGACUUGGAGGAGGCGAUCGGAAUAGCAGAGCGAACGGCAGAGGCACAACUCUCAAUUAACUCCAGUAAUAAUAUUUUCCCAAUAGUAACUGAAAAUAUGAAUAAUGACGUCAAUGUCAAUUUAAUACAAGGUCGAAAAGUUGAACGUAGAGACGAGUCUACUCCGAAACGAGGCAACCAGAAAGACACCUGCUACGAGUGCGGAGGGUUCGGUCAUUAUGGGAGAGAGUGCGCCACAAGGAGGAAGUACAAUAUUUGGGACAUGUAGUAUCAGCA